AAAAUCAAGAAGCUCCUUGAGCAACUGGAAGAUGUUCUUGUUAUGGCUGCCAACGACAUGGGUGAUGUUGAGAUCCUGUCCUCUCCAAACCUCAAGCAGGACAAGUGGGCAAUUAUGCAGGACUCCCAGGAAACCUUCAAACAAUAUCUAGAGGUACCCGCGGCGGCUAGGCUAGGCGCCGGGCAGUCUCUCAAAGGUCGAUCCCAACUGAAGAAAUCCCUUCAUCCACCAGGUCUGCAGACCUCUCUCCCUGAAGGUUCAGUCAGUUAUGUCACUCCACGACCGGCUAAGCGACAACGGUCCAGGACACUCAAUGGCCUACGUACUAGUCUUCCAGUCACCAUUCCCGUUCGUCAGCCUCGUGAUCGAAGAUCCAGGCGUCCAUCUGUCAACCCAGCAUCUCUCCUUCAAGUUGAGGUUCAGGAGACGGAGCAGUUGGAGAAGUGGUUUCGCGAGGCCUUCUUGACAAUGCAACAAGUAGCCUGCAGGCUAGUUGCCAAAGUGUGGAUUAAGAAAAUCCACCCCAAGAAGCAAUCCACACACCCUUACAAUGGAGGCAUGCCGCGUGACCAGCCGCCAGAUUCAAAUCGGACCAGACCUCCAUACUGGCCAAUCGGUGUUAUCCACAGAGAGCCAGACCAUAUUGGGCGCGAUGACAGGGUGAAUCUGCUUGUCUGUCUGAUCAUGCACACUCCUCAGCCCAUCAUACUCAAUCCUGCUGAUCCAGAAAGCCAGCUUGUGGUACCUGCAACUGAACUGUUAGACUGCUUGGAAGAAAAAAGGGGCGAACUCAAGGAUGGCCCCUACGAGAUAGUCAAGGAAGUGAUUCGCGUAAGGCACAAUAUGGAGCGCUUUGAAUGUGGUGAAAUAGAUGGUGACAAUGUCGUGUUCCUGCCCGAUUACAGUGAUCGUUCGACAUCGGCACAGCUUGAUUCUGAGACCGAGUUGAGUUCUGCUGAUGGGCAUGGUCAUGGGAUAAAGAGUGAGGGCUCUGCCGGUGAUGAAAUGGGUGACGAGCAUACGCUCACUCCAGAAUCAUCCACAUUGCAUUCCCCAGUUGAAAAUCCUCGUGGGGAUGAUCGGUCGUUGGGCAGUAGACCUCGACGAUCCGCAACCACCGAAAAAGCUCGAAGCAGGUUAACUGCCACGCAACGAAGUCGACCCUCAUUGAGUGCUGCUGGUCAGCUCCCCUCAGUGGUGAUUCCUCGAGGUCCUCAAGAAAGCCUGAUCGACAUGGCAAUGGGGAUGGGGAGGUUCGAAUGUAACAUGGACGCCACGAUGCAGGAUGCCAUGAUAGAUCAACCUGGAGGUGACAUCCACCAAAUACAUGCUCAAACUCCAAUGAUGCUUGGGAUGAACCAGGAACUACCAACUGAGCUUUCAAUGGUGCCUGACAGUUUCGAUCAAGAUGUCAACGCUUCUGCUCAUGAAGUUGUGCUGACUGACCAUCGAAGCCCCCAUGACAUGAUGGAUGGUAUUUCACACGCCAUGCAAAGUCAGAGCGGCGUGAAUUAUCAAGCCUGGCUCCCAGCACUCUCCAACAUAUCACCAGGACCAUCACACAGCAUGUUUGGCAUGGCUUCGCACAUACCUAUCCAAGCACAAGAGCUGCAGCAUGGUUAUUUUGACCCGUCACCAGCGGACCUAGUUGGUGGAAUUCAAAGCAGUCUUCCCUUGAUGAAUCCUUCGGCAUCAUAUCAGCAUGUCAGUCACCACCUCAAUCGAACCCUGCCAGUUCGUGGUAUGAGCGAAUCGCAUACCAGAAUGAUCCCACCUACCGAACAUAAUCUGGAUGCAUCAACCGGCAGCGCCCCCUACUAUCACAUGUGA